AUGGCGGCGCGGGGGCGGGGGCGGCCGGGCGCCGGCAGGAAGCAGAAGCUGGUGCUGAUCCACGAGGCGCUGCGCAGCGACCCGGUGGGUGUCGAGGCGCUGCGGGCCGCCGCCGUCAGCGCCGGGGGGCUGCUCUCCGAGGAGAUCCGCAGGAAGGUCUGGCCCAAGCUGCUCAGCGUCGACACCUACAACCUGCCCCCCCGGCCAGGCAAGGCCCCGCGCCAGGCCCACCGGGACUACGGCCAGGUGCUGCUGGAUGUGGCUCGCUCCGCACGCCGCUUCCCCGCAGGCAUGCGGGCCGAGCAGCGGCACGUGCUGCAGGAGCAGCUGCUGAACCUCAUCCUGCACGUCCUGCGCGCCCACCCCGAGCUCCACUACUACCAGGGCUACCACGACAUCGCCGUCACCCUGCUGCUGGCCGUGGGCGAGCGCCUGGCCGCAGCCCUGCUGGAAAAGCUCUCCACCCACCACCUCAGGGACUUCAUGGACCCCACGAUGGACAGCACCAAGCACAUCCUCAACUACCUCAUGCCCCUGCUGCAGCGGGAGAGCUCCCGGCUCCAUGCCUUCAUGCUGAGGGCAGAGGUGGGCACCAUCUUCGCCCUGAGCUGGCUCAUCACGUGGUACGGCCAUGUCCUGAACAACUUCCACCACACCCUGCGGCUCUACGACUUCUUCCUGGCCUCGCACCCCCUCAUGCCCGUCUACUUCGCCGCCGCGGUCGUGCUGCACCGGGGAGAGGUGCUGGCCUGCGACUGCGACAUGCCCAGCGUGCACCAGCUCCUGUCCCGCAUCCCGCAGGACCUGCCCUACGAGAGCCUCGUGGCGAAGGCGCAGGAGCUCUUCCAGCGCCACCCGCACUCCCAGCUGGCCCGGCAGGCCGCCCUGCAGCACCACAAGAGCAUCGCCAUCCAGUCCUUCGCCGCCUUCCAGCAAGCCGCGCCCCGGCAGCGCCCCGACGCCGUGCUGCGCCGCCAGCGCCUGCUGCGGGCCGGGCCGGAGGAGGACGCCGGAGCCCUGCUGCCCGCCGCCGGGCACAACCCGCUGGUGAAGGCGGCCGUGUGGGGGCUCUCGGCCACGCUGGGGGCCGUGGCCCUGGCCGUCACGCACACCGCCCUGGACUGGGCCCCCGAGUUCCUGCUCCAGCUCUUCUAGCGCCCGGGCAGGGCGUCCGGCAGCCCCAUGGGCGCCGCAGCCCACAGAGGAACCCACCCCCCAGCGGGGCCUGGGUCUGAGCGGCGGGCG